AUGGCUCAGGCUGGCUUCAACCACUUUGGUGGGAGCCACAAUGCUGGCGGUAGCAUUAACCCCAACGACCUCAUGGGCGGCGGCUAUGGCUCGUCCUAUUCGAACAACUUCUCAGGCAACAGCUCCUCAAACAACAUCUUCACAGAAGACGAUCUCCUUGAUAGCCUGGGUAGCCCCACGGAUGGCAUGUACAACAACCAUGGCCACAACCAGAAUCACGAGAUGGGGAAUGUCAACGAAAUGAACAUGGGUUAUUCGUCAGGCGUUUAUGCCUCACAUCACAAUUCUGGUAGUCUGCAGAUUGAUCAGAACCACAUCAACGGUUACUCGAAUACACCAGACGGCGACCCGAUUCAGAGUCCAUUUGUUCACAGCUUUGGCGGUCCACAAUUCAGGCAGAUGCAGAACUUCGGCUCCUCCCUUCAGUCUCCCGUCUCGUAUUCCGGCUCUCCGCUCACGGGCUCUGACCCCAACAACGACAACGGAGAUUCAAAUUACCUCAAUGCCAAGUCUCGAGCUAGACUCUCUCAGAGCAUGCAGCGCAAACCCAGCAACCAGAGGAGCCCUCUUACUCCAAAAGCGGCCUCGGCCAUGCCCACCAUGGACGGGCAGGCAUUUGGUGCACAGCCUAUCCGGACUGCCAAUGGCCACCAUGAGAAGUCCCCAUCCAAUCAGUGGAUGCCUACGCCCAACAGCCUUGGUUCUUUCCCGGGCUCCGGUUUCUCGUCACCCAUGCAGCAUGCUAUGCAAAACACACAAAUCACCGAUGUUUUGCUCAAGGGUGGCACUUCUAUGCCUGCAAAGCUUGGCGCCAAUGGCGGCCAGGCGGGCGUCUCUACGCAGGAGAUGAAGAGGAAGCGGCGGCGGGAGUCUCACAACCUUGUCGAGCGCCGUCGGAGGGACAACAUCAACGAACGAAUCCAGGAUCUCAGUAAAUUGGUCCCAACACAUCGCCUUGAAGACGACAAGAUUCGCAAGCUUAUCCAGAACGGCACACCUCUCUCCCCAAGCCUCACUGCAGUGAACUCUGGACCGGCAACAUCUGGCCUUGCGGCUCCUGGUGCCAAGCGGGCGACUGGUGUCGGCAACAUCACGACUGGCUUGCCUCUCGAAGAUAAGGACAAAGGCCCAAACAAAGGCGACAUCCUUAAUGGUUCUGUCAGCUGGACACGCGAUCUCAUGUGGAUGCUGAACCUCAAGCUUCAACAGCAGCAAGAGCUCAUCGAGAUGAUCAUCGACCUGGGUGGUAAUGUACCGUUCGAGUUCACCGAGGACGAGAAACGCAUGCAAACCGAGCUCAUGGAGACCAUGGCCAAGAAUGACGUACACUCAUUCUCAUAUUCUCGUCGUCAGGGCAGUGGGCUGCGCGUUCCUGACCACACAGAUUAUCGUGGAGACCCGCUUACGGCUGUCACGAAUGGCAUUGAGGGUAUAUCUGUCAGCCCCGAUGACAAUGACGCUUACGACGUUGGAUCCGAUCUCGUCCAUGACAAUUUGAUGUGGAAUGACGACAACAACAACGUCUUCAAGGAGGAAGAUGAGUACAACCUCAGCAACGACAUGGACAUGGCUUGA